CUUUUACGCAUGGUGUCGAUUUUGAUGGCUUAAAUAAGAAAGUAAUCUCUAAAAACGGGACUUGCACUUGCUGUCGCAGAAGGAGCAAGGCGCGUGAAGUUGAAAGUCAAGUUGACGCCGGACUCUUGCGCGUUAUGAUGCCACGAGACAACAUGACUUCCACGGUCCAGAAGAUCGCCAGACAGGCCCUCGCGACAUUCCGCCACCCCUCGCUCGUGGGAGAACACAACAAAGCGUUUUUGGAGAAUGUGAGCAAGCUGAAAAGCCUCAUGGCGGAGACCAGAGCUUCGGAUUUGAAGAUUGUUCCCCGGACCAUGGAGAGCGCCCCGGUGCCGUCACCGCGCGUGGCGCCUCCCGUCACAUACAUGCACAUCUACGAGACCGACACGUUCAGCAUGGGGGUGUUUUUACUAAAAACGGGCGCUUCCAUACCGCUGCACGAUCAUCCGGGAAUGUACGGCAUGCUGAAAGUGAUUUACGGCAAGGUGCGGAUCAGCUGUUUCGACGUGUUGGAUAAACCUCGAGACGGUGCCAGCGGCGCGCACUUCAGCCCUCCGCUCGUGCCCUUCCAGAGCAGCUCUCUUCGGCCCUCGGUGCUCAGGUCGGUCGGGGAAUACACGGAGGAGAACGGCCCGUGUGUGCUCUCACCCCAAAAGGACAAUAUCCACCAGAUAGACGCUGUUGACGGACCCACGGCUUUCCUGGACAUCUUAUCACCGCCAUAUGAUCCGGAUGAAGGGAGAGACUGCCAUUAUUAUAAAGUUUUGCAUGCUCAUUCAGAGGCUGCAGACAGAGAGAGUGAAGCCCAAGAACCGGAUGACCUGUGGCUGAUGGAGAUCCCACAGCCGAGUGAAUUCUGGUGUGGUGGGGAACCUUUCCCGGGGCCUAAAGUGUCCCUAUGAUGGAUCUGACUUUUUAAACUGGGUUCAGCCUUAAUCAAGAGAUUCUGUGUUCUUUUCGUUACAUGACAGACUGGCUACCGUAUCAAGAGGACAGCUGUUUUAAUUGAAAUACCUAGGCACUUAUCAGAGCUGCUGUCUAACUUUAAAUGUCCUUUGGCUAUAUUUGUCCAUACAUUUCCAGUUUGUUGCAUGCAAACUGUGUUCUGAUUUUGUGUGACAGGUUUGACAAAAGAACUAGUCUCUGUUCUCUCUCUGUUGCCGGGAUCCACUUUUGUAUAGCAUGUUAUAAAUAUUUAAAUAUUUGCAGCAGAUGUGAGAUUUGGUUUAACAAAGGCGUUAAAGCCUAUCAGAGUAUGAAUCUGCUCAUCUUGUUUUCAUUGCUAUUUUAUGUUAAUAAUGCAUUAAGCGAUCAGAACACUGAAAUGUUUAGCAACAGGCUUGACAACACUCACUUGACAAAUUGGCAUAUGCAACACUGGAUACUUAUUUGAACACUCCUGGUUAUUAUGACAGUAAAGCACUUAGCCAGGACGACAAGUUAACUAAUGGAAAUUAAUAAGACAAUAUGAACUGAAGAAUGUGAUGUGAACUUUGCAUAAAAAAUUAAAAGUUUUGUUUUUCCUCAGACAGACUUUGGCUGAUAUAUAAUGCAAUUGAAACUG